GAUUUUCAAUUCCGUGCUCUUCGUCGGGUUCGAUUAUUCUCGAAAUGUGCCGUCAAGUGGAGCAGUCAAUGUGUGCCUUCAUCGCUUAUUACAACAUCGCCACAUUUUGGUAUCACGGUUGUUGGUUCAUCAGAAGGUGCGCUGAUAUCAUUCAGGACGGCUGAUGUGCACUGCUUAGAGGCAAAAGACAGUAAUCGAGAUAUUGAGGUCAACAACCUUUGUUUGAAGAAGAAUGUUCUGCCGGGAAAUGAGAACGAUGAACUGAUUGCAUUGGGAUGCAGUUGUAGCGGUCGAGUGCUAUCGGCGCUGGUGAACACCUCGAAUGGUCCAUUCGUUUACUUGAUGGAUAUUUGUGCCCUCUCACCGGAUUAUUCAUCGAAGGCGGGUGUGGUGCAAUCCAUACGAGUUUCGAGUAGAAAUGAAGCGUGCGGAAUAGCACUCGAAUGGAAUCCGCAACUGGAGGGCGUAUUUGCUGUGAUUGCGAACGAUGGCACUCUUUCGACGUAUCUUUUCGAUAUUCAGAAUGCAGCACGAGUGAGCAUAGUGGGCACGACGACUUUGAAUGUUGCGGCCAGUUGUUUGAGUUGGAGUCCGAAAGGGAAGCAGUUGGUUAUCGGUGAUAAUGACGGCAAAAUACUACAGUAUAAGCCAGAAAUGGCUUUGGUACGAACUGUCGCAGCUCCUGUCGAUAUUCCAUCGAUGCAAGGUGAGGCUGUUCGUAGUGUCGGAUUGUGUUGGUUAGCCACAACCGACUUUAUGGUAGCGUACUCGUCACAGAACGGUGAUAAGGUCGAUAUCGCAUCGUUAACCGUCAAAAAAGAUACACCUCCGAAAUGGACACAUUUCGAUGACGUGACCUACAAUGGGAGUCGAAGCAGUUUCGCGCAGAGGAUCAUCUUCGUGCCACUGCAUUCUUGGCACAUUCUCUUGUGUGCUUCAUCGAAAUCCACUGAGGUGGCGUUGUUGGGUAAGGUUGAGAACACAUGGAAAUGUUGGCAACUAGACGAUACGUCUCGAAUCGAAACACCUCUCAGUCGCAAGGGAGAAGAGACGUUCCCUGUUGGUCUGUGCAUCGAUACAUCAUCACAAGUGAAUGUCACGUUGAAUGAUGACGGCACUAUGGAAAGACCUCCUUGUCCAACUGUAAUGGUCUUUUCAACCGAUGGUGUUCUGCAUUCAUUCAGUGCGAUUUCGUUUAAACCAGAGCAUAAAAACAUUAACAGUUUAUGGAUCACCACUAGAAGUGUUACGGGAUGGGACAUCUCAUCAGCGACAAUGUAA